AUGGUUUGUCUAAAAAUAAUAGCGCAUUAUUCUUCACAACUGGAGCCAAUUACAAACAAAUUGCAAGGCGUUUCCGUAAAUCUUCUUUCUGUGAAAAAACAUAUUGGAAAAUUACUCGAGAUCUUUCAAAACGAUCGAAACCACUGCGAGGUUAUAUUUUCUGAAAUAUUCAAAGCUGUAGUAGAAUCAUCCAAAGAUUUAAAUAUAGAAAUUGUUAUUCCAAGGCUUGUUGGACGGCAAACUCACAGAGCCAAUGUUAAUGGAAAAUCGGCAGAAGAAUAUUUUAGAAUAUCUAUAUUUAAUCCCUAUUUAGAUUCUUUAAUAUCUUCUCUUAAAUCUAGGUUUUCUGAAGACUCCAAUAUUGCAUUUUCUCUAAGUUUACUUCAUCCGAUAUACAUAGAGAAGGAUAUUUUAUUGAACUCAAAAGAUAUCAAGAACAUAGCUGAAAAGUAUAGCUUUGAAAAUUUUGAGGCUGAAUAUUCAACAUGGGUAUCAAUGUGGAAAAUGAAGCCAGUGACAAUGUCAGAAAAUGUAGAAUUUAUGGAGUUGUUAAUCAAAAAUUGUGAAUAUUAUCCAGCAAUUGCAAAAACCAUUAAAAUAUUUUUAUCAAUUCCACCAACUACUUGUUCAGUUGAACGAUCCUUUAGUACUUUGAGACGCGUUAAAACAUGGCUUCGAUCAACAAUGACUGAAAAUAGGUUGUCUGGACUUUGUAUGAUUUCCGUACAUCGAAAAAUAGUUAACUUAGAUAAGCAAAAUAUUAUUUCCCAAGUUAUUGAUAUUUUUGGCUCUGACAGGCGAAACUUAAAAUUCCUCUUUUCAGAAUAA